AGAGAGAGAGAGAGAGAGAGAGAGAGAGAGAGAGAGAGAGAGAGAGAGAGAGAUCGAGAUCCCGCCUGAACUUCCUCUGACUGACGUCAGCCUCGCCGCUCCGGACACCGCGCUGAGAAAAAAAUGCUGCUCUCCGUAGCGCCAAGGACGGGAAUCAACCCCUACAACGGAUACAACAGCAGAAACAGCAAAAAGCAAGCCUAUGUGUCCUCCAGCCACCAGAUGGCGCUGCCCAGUCUCAAUACCAACAGCAGCAGCGCGAGUAGUGCGGGAGGCGGGGAACAGCUGAGCAAAACCAACCUUUACAUUCGUGGACUUCAUCCGGGGACCACUGACCAAGAUCUGGUCAAGCUCUGCCAACCGUAUGGAAAGAUUGUGUCCACCAAGGCUAUUCUGGACAAAACUACCAACAAGUGCAAAGGCUAUGGCUUUGUGGAUUUUGACAGUCCUGCAGCAGCACAGAAGGCUGUGACAGCGCUCAAGGCCAGCGGGGUUCAAGCUCAGAUGGCCAAGCAACAGGAACAGGACCCUACCAACCUGUACAUCUCUAACCUGCCCGUGUCCAUGGACGAGCAGGAGCUGGAGGCCAUGCUCAAAUCCUUCGGCCAGGUGAUUUCCACACGGAUCUUACGGGAUGCCAACGGAACCAGCAGAGGCGUAGGAUUUGCAAGGAUGGAAUCCACAGAGAAAUGUGAAGCCAUCAUUCAGCAUUUUAAUGGAAAAUAUAUCAAAACCCCACCUGGAGUGCCAGUACCUACAGAACCGUUGUUAUGCAAGUUUGCUGACGGAGGACAAAAGAAGCGACAGAACCAGGCAAAGUACCUACAGAAUGGUCGACCCUGGGCUAGAGAUGGUGAAACGGGAGGAAUGACGCUCACGUACGACCCUACGGCCUUACAGAACGGGUUUUAUUCUCCUCCGUACAGCAUCGCUCCAAACAGAAUGAUCACUCAGACCUCUCUGUCUCCAUACAUGCCCUCACAAGUACCAUCCUACCAGGUGCACAGCCCGUCCUGGAUGCAUCAUCAGUCGUACCUCAUGCAGCCCAGUGGGGCCGUUCUGACUUCAGCUAUGGAUCACCCGAUGUCCAUUCAGCCCACGUCUAUGAUCGGACCCCUGACCCAGCAGCUCGGUCACCUGUCGCUCGGCAGCGCUGGCACGUAUAUACCUAACGCAGCUAUGCAAGGAACGUAUAUCCCUCAGUACACCCCAGUGCCUCCCUCUAGUGUUACAUUAGAGGAAAACAGUGGACAGCAGCAGCAGGUUUCCAUGGAGACGCCUUCAGAACACACUAAUUAUUCCUAUCAACACAGCAAAUGAAGCUACGGUCCUCUGGAGGUGCUGCACCGUGCUGUGGACAGUGGGAAUCUCUCAGAGAGAUUUGCGGAUUACCACAGACAAAGAGUACCAGAGGGAUCCGGAUCACAAAAGGAACGUGUAUCUUUUGUAGGACAGAGACAAAAAGGACAUCACUCAUCUUUUGUUCAACUCCUCUCUCUUCAGGAGUCACUCAGCCAACGGUGGGAGUCUGUGCAAAAGAACUAUCAAUCUUUCAUCUAUUUUGAUAACAAAACAGAAAAAAAAGUGUAAAAAACAAUGUUGAUUUAGAAAAGUGUAAGGAAAACACAAUGUGUUCUUUUAUGCACGUAAUGGCAAAUUCUUAUUUUUAAGAACUAAUUCUUUAAUAUGGGAGGAUCAAAAAGAAAAAGUUAAAAAUGAGUCUUUUGUUUGUAAAAUAUGCAACUUUUUUUAAGAUUUGUUCUUUUGUUUUUUUUCUUCAGAUAGCAGCAGUAAGAUAUUUUGUACAGAUUAAUAUGCAAACAGUGCAUUUUGUUUGUCCUGUUUUUGAAUUUGAUGUUCGAUAUUUAGGUGUUUUGGUGAGAGAACCAUUUAAAGCCACUUCUUCAUGCAGCGCCAUUUUAAGAAUCUUCCAAGAAAUAGUGAUGAAAUCACUCUAAUUCAAUCUUCACUUCUCUGAAAGCAACAGACAAUCAUUAACUUAUUAUUUAUUACAAAGUUUGGUGCAUAGCAAGGCAAUAAAGCUUUGUCUUUGAAGUUCACAUAAAAUAUUAGAUGCAGAAAUAGCGAUUCUCCAGUUAUGUGCUUUCUUAUUAAUUAGUAAUGAAAAUGAAUCCGAAUUUUAUAAAAAGGCAUUUUAUGAGGGGCAUUUUAAAUCUAAUGAUUACCUGUGAAACAGUUUGUGCCUAACAUUACAGUGUUCAGGAUCAAUUCCUUUUUAUUUAAAAUUUGAAAAUGUAAAAAAGAUUUUAGAAAUUAUUUUAAAAUUCUGUAUCCUCUUGAUUCUGUAGCUAAAAUGAGAGAUAGGACUGAUUUAUUUUUAAUAUUAUUUUUUUUUUUUUUUUUUUUUUUUCGAUGUAUAUACAGUAAUGACACCAAAUAUUUCAGGUUUCUGAAAGCUGUUUUUUGUGAUUUUAAAUGUGCAUUGUAAUGCACAUAGUGUUUCGUACAUAUGGGUUCCAUUGGCUUACAGUACAGGAGUCUCGAGGAAGUGACUUUAAGUGGUUUGUUAAUAUCAAAAAUAGUUCAAAAAAGUGAUGAUAACACAUGACUUGAUGAAGUUUCUCAAUACCACACUGCUAUCACUCUUCUUCAUGCUGUAGUAAAGCAGACAGUCAGUCUGGUUGGAAGACUUGAAAGAAAGCUUCACCUUUGUUAUUUAACAAACGAUUUGAAUCCAUCAAACACAUGCAGUAGGAGAAUAUAAUCAUGAAAAGGGAAGAAAUUCAAGGCAUUUGGUUUUUAUUUGGCCUACGUGUUAUGCAGGUUUUUUAUAUCAAUUUUGUAGAUUAUGAACAAAAAAAGUAACAGUGUACCUUUUAAUUUUUUGUUUUUCUUAACUUUCUGCUAUGAAGUUUAUUUUUACUACCAUAUUGACUUUUUUCUUUAUUUAAAGGAAUAGUUCACCCAAAAAACAAAAAUUUGCUGAGAGAUGUAGAUUUGGAGAAAUUUAGCAUUACAUUCAGUGAAUGGGUGGCGUCAGAAUGAGUCUAAAUGGCUGAUAAAAACUUCACAAUAAUUCACAAGUAAUCCAGUCCAUCAAUGAACAUCUUGUGAAGAGAAAAACUGUGUGUUUGUUAAAAAAAAAAAAAAUCUAUCAAGAUGUUUUUAUCUACAAACCGUUGCUUCCGGCUGAAAUAAGAGUCCAUAAUCCAUAAUAUUGCUUUCUCCAGUUAAAAUCUCAUAUAAAUAAGGACAGAAAUCUGCACAGAUCGAUCACCAUCUACAAGGAAACCGUCCAAAACAGCUCUAAACUAAUAUGUGGGUGGAUGUUAAUGUAAAAGGAAAACAGGGUAUGGACUUAGCGUUAUUAAAGUGAUGGACUGCUAUUUUGGUCGGAAACAUUGGUUUGAAGUUAAAAACUUUUUAAUGAUGGAUUUGUUUCCUACAAACACACAGCUUUUGUCUUCUCAAGAUGUUAACUGAUGGACUGAAGUGGUUUGACUGACUUGAUGUUUUUAUCAGCUGUUUGGACUCUCAUUCUGACGGCACCCAUUCACUGCAGAGGAUCCAUUGGUGAGCAAGUGAUGCAAUGACACAUUUCUCCAAAUCUGUUCCCAUGAAGAAACUCAUCUACAUCUUAGCUGGCCUGAGGCCUGUAUUUUAUUUUUUAGGAUGUUUUGUAAAACAAGACCAAAAAGCCGCUUAGCACACUGAUGUUUUGCAGCGUGUCACGGCGACGUGUCCUCAUCGGGUUGUGUGUUAUCGUGGCUUUGGUUCUGUACAGUGCAGAGAUUUGUAGAAAUAUCUUCCAAACGGUGCUGGGGUUAUACAUUAGACAUGUAUAGUAGGAAAAACUGUUAUAUGGAACAGACGGUUAGGAUCAAGAAGGACAGAAGCAGUUCUUCAGCGCGUGUAGUCGCUAUCUUCCUUCAUGCUGCUGUGUUUUUUAUGAUUUGUUUUCACUGAUGUGUUUUGUUUUAUCUUCCAAGUGAGAUUAGCUGUAGUGUUUGGGCAAAGCUUUACUUUCUGAAAACUUUUGAGAUGUGUGUAUUGGUUGCUGUUCUUUUUUAAAUCCCAGAUUAAUAGGAUUUUUUUAUAUUUUUGUGUGCAAAGGAAAGACAUUUUCUUGAGUUCUUCUCUGUGCUGUUUGUUGUUUUACUUGAAAUGUACUGUCUUGGUCAAUCAUGAUGCACUUCUAAAAGAAUUUGAAUAUCUAAAAUGAAACUUUUUGAUAUCAUGAAUGGAAAAAAAAAAACAGUGUUCACUCAUGAGUUGUUUUUGUACACUAAAACAUACCAAUAUAUGUUAUAAAUGUUUUUUCACUCUUAAAAAUAAAGGUGCCAUAGAAGAACCCUUUUUUGUCUAAAUGGUUCCAUAAAGAACCUUUGACUUCUGAAGAACCUUUCUGUUUCACAAAAGGUUCUUUGCGGUGAGAGAAGGUUCUUCAGAUUAUAAAAAAAGUAAGAAAGAGAUGGUUCUUUGACUGAUUGUUUUUUUUUUGUGGAACCAAAAACAGUUCUUCUAUGGCAUCGCUGUGAAGAACCUUUUAAGCACCUUUAUUUUUGAAAGUGUAGAAAGAUUCGCUCUUCUAUAGGAUAGAAACUCAAGGGCUUAUAUUAUAGAACACUAAAGACACUUGAUGCAGUUGUUACUUCCUUCGUUUGAGGGCUUCCUCUUGGUGCAUUUUACAUUUUCUGAAUGUAAAGCCAUGACUUUGAUCUGAAAACUAUUAAAUGGUUUUCAUUAAGAGACUCUUCUCCAUCCAUAAACAUAGCUGCUAGCUUGAUUACCUUCUAGGAUAGUUUGACCUUACAUUCAAAGAAGUUGUGUUAUUGAAACUGAUCAAUACCUCUGUAACAGUUUUCCUUCACUCAGGCUGAAAUUCAAACUAUUGGCAUCUUUGUGAUACACUUGUCUUCAGAUUCCCAAAGAAUGGAUUCAUUCCGGCUACCAAAGAUAGCUACGCCACCAAGAUACAACAAUCUCAAUUGUUUCCUAUUAAAAAAUGUACUACAAUAAAUCCAUGCGAGUAAUUAAGGAGCUGAUGAGUUUGUUGGUUACGGCAAAGGAAAUGUUUUUUCCUUUGGCAGAAUCACCUUUUUCCAUUACUUUGACUUCUCAUCCUUUGCCCACCUUUUCAAUGUGAUUUUACUGUCGAUGUUUUAAGUCAAAUCUUCUGUACUAAAGUAAUUUCUCAAGUUAUACCAUGCAGUUCACCUCAUGAAGGAAAAUGGGAUUUAUUUUGGUUGUCAAACUGAUAAAUCGUUUCGUCCAUUUAUUAACACAAAACAUUAAACAUGGUUUUGAAACUAUGAAAUGAUGUGUCGGUUUUUAUUCAGAUUGAUUACAUAUAUCUAAAUUAUUAUCAAUGAUCUACCAUUUUCAACAGCUGGGAUGAUGCUGAAUGUGAAAGUCGGUACUCUGUUCUCAUCGAUCAGUUCAGAUUUUCAAAGAAGAGCUGCUAAUUGUUCAAAGAGCUCAUUUCAUAGUUUCAAAAUGUAUUGCUGCUAACAUGGGGUGUUCAAGCUGUUCACCAGAUGAAGCCAUAAACAACAGAACCAUUAAAAGUUAUUGUGGCGAAGCUGUAAUCUAAGUGCCUUUAAGAAACGAACUGUGUUUAGUUGUGUUGGGUCGGUAGACAGUAUCGAGAUGUCUAGAGAUGGGAAGUUGUACAGAAGUCAAUAUUGUAUGUUUGUGAUGCUGAUGUUGUGAUUAUUAAACGAAUGGCUUGUCUCUUGAACAGCUUUUUUAAACAUUCUUUAUUUAUACAAUAACACAUUUUGUACAGGUAGCUGAAGAAACAAUUUGGUGGUUUGUUUGCAUGUUAACCCGGAGUUUCUAGCCGGAAAUUUGUCUUCCUGUGCCACAGUUUCUGAUUUUCUGUUACUUUUUUUUUUUUUUUUUUUAAGAAAAACUGCAACAGCAACAAAAAAAAAUGUUCUUCUGUCUUUGUUUGUGCCUUUUUUUAACUGAUCUCUUGAAUUCCGUUUUUUUAAUAAAAUCUUGGUUGUAUUUC